CCAUGAGAAAUGGAUAUAAAACGUUAUAUUUUCUAUGAGUAUGUUACAAAACUAACACUUUCUCUUAAUUACAAAAAUUAAAAGUCACUGCAACCAUUUACGAUAUAUAUCUAAAAAAUAUAAAAGGUAAACAUUUCGGUCUCGAACUAAUUCAUAAAUUACCGCUCGUAGCCUGAAAAUGCGCAUGCGCGUAAACCGAGAAAAAAGCAAAAUGGCGGACGCAAACCAGAAAAAACGACGAGGUCCUAAAAGUUACUUGACGGAAAGUGCAAGAAAACGAAGGAAAAAAGAAUCAGAACAGAGAAGAGGAGAGGCGAGAAUCUACAUCAGCAAAGAGAUAGAUAGAUGGCGUAAGGUAAAGGAAGAUCUCGCACUGGAGACUGAUUCUAAAUUAGCGAAGCUGCUUCUUGACAGUUAUGAAUUUAAGAAAAUAUCAGAUAAAUCCACCACUUCAACCGGCCACAUCCAUAUGUAUUCCACACCUGCAAGAAGAUAUAUACCUCCACGAGAGUGUUCAGAAAGUGAAGUCACUAUAAGUGGUCGAGAAAUGUCAGGAGUGUUUGUGCAAGAAUGUUGGAAAGACAUGUCAUUGCCUGGACCAUCCACAAGUGAUUUUCAGAAUCAACAUAUUCAGAAGGCUGAUAUCACUACCAAAGAGGCGAGCAGCUUCAUAAAUCCUUUUGACUUAACAAUAGAUGUCACUGAAAAUGUCGACGAGGAUGACCAAACCACUGAUGAUGAGGAUUAUGAACCAAGUUUCGACAUCACUCUCAGAAGUACAGCAGAACUUGAAAACUAUCACCAGUUGAUAUUAAUGUAUGCAGCCAAAAGGUUUGCUUACACUCCGCCUGUUUACAAGGCACGCACCAUUUUGGCAGCUCUUGACUACAACUUCCACAUCGAUAGAGAAACAAAGACAAAUGCAGAUGGCUCAGUAAGGUACCACAGAACUUACAACAAGAAAAGUGGAAGGUGGUCCGCUGUGCCCUACAAAGUGAAAAAGAAAUACAGCUACAUCAGUGACCUGAUUUCUGCUGUAGUUGAAAAGAGGCUACUUGAUAGAGAAGGAAUGCAUAAAAGCAAGACGUUAUCGCCCUAAGAUCCCAGACACAUUUCCAGCGGUUUAGCCCUCCUUACUCCACCUUCUACUGCCACAUUAG